GCCCUCAAUGAGGACCCCCGUUGGCAGGACACCGCCUACGUGCUGGCUAACUAUAAGACCGAAGUGUGCAAACGCCCGCCCCGGCUAUGUCGACAGGGGUACGCCUGUCCCCAGUUCCACAACAACAAAGACCGGCGCCGGUCGCCCAAGAAAUACAAAUACCGGUCCACUCCCUGUCCGAACGUGAAACAGGGCGACGAGUGGGGCGACCCGACCAACUGCGAGUCCCAGGACGGUUGUCCCUACUGUCACACCCGUACGGAACAACAGUUUCACCCGGAGAUCUACAAGUCGACCAAAUGCAAUGACAUCCAACAGACGGGGUACUGCCCCCGGGGGCCCUUUUGCGCCUUCGCCCACGUCGAGACCAAUGGUAAGCCUAUCGGACCCCCGGAGCCCGUGCUGGUGCUGGUGCCGGUGCCGGGAGCUCAUAGUCCCUUAGAUUUGCAUAGAUUUCCACUGAUUUUUGAUUUCGAUCUAUGA